GAAAUUAAAAGUAUUUAUUUCACUUUGUACUACAUUUAAAAGAGUACAUAAGAAUAUAUCUUUGUUUUGUCUAAAAUUAACAUGGGGGUAUAUUAACAUAUCACUAGGAUAUAUAAGUUUAUUAUAUAUGUACUUGUGUACAUAGAAUGAACCUUUCUUACAUAUCACAGUUAGCAUAUAUGAAAACAAAAUGGGAGACUUUACUGGAGAACUGUGGGGUAAAGUUUUGGAAGAUUCACCUUUGUAUAAAGAGCUAAGUGAUAAUGUGAGCAAACCGAGUGAGAUAAAUGAUGAGUGUAAAACGUUAAACAUUACCUGCAAAAAGAUUAGUAAUGAACUCUGUAAUAAAGUUGCAAAAAAUUUGCAACAUGUAUAUGGCAUAAAAGAUGUAACAGAUCAUAACAAUACAUGUGAUAAUUACAAAUAUUGGAUAUUUUAUCAAAUGUGGAAAUUGAUUGGAUCAAAAAAGAACGAUGCCCUUGCAAAGGAUGUUAUGGAGGAUUUCUUGAAGGUUCAAACUAUCAUUAGUAAAAAACACGGUAAAAAUACUUGUCAAUAUUAUUUUGUUUACAAUGAUUACGAUGAAUUUGAAGAAAUUUUAGAAAAGGCUAAUUUGAAACAUUAUUUCAAAAAUUAUACAACCAUUAAAAAUAAUGCUAGCUCUAAGGAUAAAUACGAUGUAUAUCAUAAGUACGUACCCUACAUUAAAAAUCUGUAUGAUAAAUAUUACAAGGAUUGUAGUGGUGUGAAUUAUUAUUAUUAUGAUUGUAAAAACUUUUUUGAAAGAGAAAGUGAGCAGUUCAACCCGAAAAAUCUCUUACCUUUACUAGAAACAGCUAAGGCCCAAGCAGUAGAUGCUAAAAUAAAGGAGACAGUUACAGCAGUACAUUCUAAAGGACAAGGGCUUAGUACACCUGGUGGAGGUGAUGGUUCACAUUCAAAAAGUGAAAAAUUAAGUGCUGAUUCUGAAAAUCCUGCAGCAGGUGGAUUAGCAGGUAAAGAUCAAGGAUCACUUCAACAAACAAAUAGUACAGCGGGAACUGCACCCAGUGAUGUAUCAGUGCAGGUAAAAAAACCCGAAUCAGCACAUGGAUCUUCCUCUUCAUUCAAUCCAUUUAACUUUUGGGGCUAUGUAUUUUCUAGUCCUCCAAAAAAAUCAGCUCAUUUAGACGGCCAAGGCCAAAAGGCACCGAAGGAACCCGUACCACCAGCUAAAGGAAAGGUUGGGGAAACAGCUGAGUCCCCUCUUAAAUCAGCGCCUGCUCCCAAGGCAAUAGGAACUGAUAAUAAGGUAACAACUGGUAAAGAGGUACCAGAACCCACUAAAGCGGCACCUGCACCUGCAAAACCUGAGCCGGAAAUACAUCGACCGGAAGUAAGUGAAACGAUAGGCACCUUGCAUGAUGAAGCACCUUUGAGUUCUCUACCAAUAGAUGGCGCUGAACAGGGCGUUCAUGUAGCAAAAUUUUAUAAUCCAGAGCUUGCAAGAAGUGAAGUACCUUUGACCAUUGCUGACACCCCUAAUGCUGUAGGAACUACACAUGAAGCGAUAGACUCAAACUUUUUUCAUAAAAUAAUCAUGGCUGUCGCAGUGCUUGGAACAAUUUGCUUCCUUUUCUACUACAACAGGGUAACUGCACAUUCGAUUUUUAGAAAUAUGAAUAUUGUGUUCGCAGCUAUAAUUUAUUUUUAUUUUAUCUCCAUAUUUACCAUUUUACUACAUUUUUACACCUUUUAUUUUC